UUAGUAGUGGCAAACGAAUCAGUCGGCAAUUUUUUGGUUUUGAACUAUCCAGUUAUUCGGCAUCUGUUGCGUUUCUUUUUUCAUCUUGAGAGCUUUAUUGCGGAGCUUUUUCUCACUGAACUACCCUCAUCGCCAUUAAGGGAAGAAUGGAGAUGCUGGACAACCUGCAAGACGACAAGGUGCAAAUGGGAAUUGAAUCAGGCAACACAACCUCUAAAACCAGCCUAGAGGUGUCCAUGAACUUUACAUUAUUCCCCUAUUACCAACAUUCGUUGUAUGUGGCUACAAGCUAUAUCCUGGCAUACCUCUUCAUCUUCCUGCUGUGUAUGGUGGGGAACAGUCUGGUCUGUUUGGUCGUCCUUGGAAGCCAUCAUAUGCACACGGUCACCAACCUCCUCAUCUUAAACUUGGCGAUCAGUGACCUCCUGGUGGGUAUCUUCUGCAUCCCCACAACACUUGUGGACAACCUCAUAACAGGUUGGCCUUUUUCCAACGUUGUCUGCAAGAUGAGCGGUUUUGUGCAGGGUGUGUCUGUGUCUGCAUCAGUCUACACGUUGGUUGCAAUUGCUGUUGAAAGGUUUCGCUGCAUAGUGUUCCUGCAUAACAAGACAACCUUCGUGGCUGCCAAGGCAGCUAUUGCUGUUAUCUGGCUACUAGCUAUGGCGAUCAUGUGUCCAGCCGCAGUGGCAUUGACUGUGGAGGAAAUUCCUUGGCACUACAUGGUCUAUAAUGAUGACGUAAACCAUACAAUACCCCUCUACACCUGUUAUGAAAACUUUGCCAACCCAAAGAUGACAAAAGUUUAUACUGCAGUUCUUUUUGCUCUUGUCUACCUGGUUCCAUUGAUGGUCAUCACACUUAUGUAUGGUACCAUUGGUGUCAAACUAUGCUUAUCUGUGGUUGGAAACAGAAUGCCACAGGAAACCAACAUCCAUGUCAGGAGUAAGAGACGAGGUAAGGGAGUGUUCUCCCAGAAAAAGAUUCGGGCGAUAAAGAUGCUGGUCCUGGUGACCUUGCUUUUCAUGUUAUCAUGGUUACCACUCUGGACCCUCAUGAUGAUGGCAGACUAUGCGGGCUUGGCAAGCGACAAACUCGAUCUAUUGAACAGCUACAUCUUCCCCUUUGCUCAUUGGCUGGCUUUUGCCAAUUCCAGCAUCAACCCCAUAAUCUACGGCUAUUACAAUGAGAAUUUCAAAAAAGGAUUUCAGGCGGUAUGCAAAUCCUCGACCUGUCUCGUGCAGUGGCAUGUGUGUAGAAGGAUUACAACCUGUUUUAGGAGUCGUAGGUCUGUGCAAGUCCCUUUGGAAGGUACCAGUUGCAAAAAUCGCGGUAGCUAUAAGAACCGGCUGUUAUUUCGAGUGAGAAAUAGAGUCCACAAUGACAAAUUCAACAUGGGCAAACGUGAGUUGAACAGGAGUACUAAGGAGGGAUGUGCGGGAGCUCUGUCAGGGAGGAGUGCUUUGCAUGAAGGGAUAGAAAUGGCAACGAUGAACAAGAAGGGCAGCCGUAGUGAGGCGUUGGAGAAAGCCAGCCCGCUGUCAGUUUCACUGUACCAUGCAUGGGAUAAUUGAAUUCACUUAGAAUAUACCUGUACUAACAAAAAUUAAACAUCAGAUGAACUUGAAAGAAAUUGAAUACACUACGCUUAAUAUUUGAACUUAGUGUCAUGUAAAUAAUUCAUUUAGUGCAACCUGAAAUUUACUAUCUCUUCUCAAUUAAUUCGACAAUGAAGAAAACCAAUUACCGUAUUUUCCGCACUAUAAAGUGCACCUUCAAUGACUGGCCCAUUUUAAAACUUUGUCCAUAUAUAAGGCGACCUGGAUUAUAAGGCGCAUAGAAUAGAUAACUCAACGUUGCUCACACGUUAAUGCAAUCACAGUAUAGUAACACUCGAAAUAGUGAAAACAAUAACAAUAUAUCAACAACUCAACAUUGCUCAAACUAUUUGUCAACAAUAGCCAUUCUUUCAUUCACCUUGAUUCGCUUUUGGGACAUUAUUUCCGGGAUUUCUAUCAUGGGUAAGUAUGUUGUGUGUUUAAACAGUGUUAUUUUGUCGUGUUUAAUUAUAUGUCUAGCUCAUUACUUGUGUUUUAAAUGACCGACGUGUCAAGUGCGGCAUAAGUCUGUCGUCCAAGCUUGUGCUGUAGUUUGUUUUUGGUGUUUUUUGUAGUUUUAUUUACAGUUGCUUCGGAACACGACGGCUUCGCUUCUUGACGCUCAUUGAAACAAAUUAGCAUCGAGAUCCCCGUUUCUUCUGUAUUUCAAGUGGUUCAAUGUUAAAAUAUUCAAGUUUGCUUCAGUACUUAGUCAGUCAAGUCUUUUCUUGUUCUUUGUGAUGGGCCUCCAACUCUUCUGUAUUAUUGUCCGUACUGUGGUGUACAUAUAAAUCCAAAAUAUCGAUAGUAAGAUAACUUUUGAUGUAAUGGAAAAAUAAGCAAAAUUUCCCAUAAAAUUUUAACUUUGGAAAUUCAAUGACAUGACUCAAAUGUAUCAAUUUCAAAUAAUAUUGUUUCAGUGGUUUCAGACUGGAGAGAAUGAGACAGACGAGAUAGUGAGCAGAUUGUUGUUUGCCAUUCAACUAAUCUGUACUGAAUGAAAUGUUUGUUUCUUGAUGUCGACCUGCUGUUAGACUGCAGAUACCCGAGCCUUAUCAUUGCUUUUUAUAUCACACUGUAUUGUAGUAUGUUGUAUUGGAUUGUAUGCACUCAAGAGCACUAGAGCUUUCUAUAUAUUCAAGCAAUCAUCCUAGUAUAGAUAAAGCUGUCCAGCUCAGGCGUGUAGUUCUUGAUGAAUGUCGUAGUGUGAUUGAGCAAAAGCUUAAUUACUUGUUACCCUGUGACAUUAUAUGUGUAUUUUACUGUAUAUUACUGUUUGAACAACUGUGUAGUUUUACAGUGUUAAUAUUGUCACAAUGCGUUUUAAUGUCUUUUCUUCUUCACUCACUGUUGGUGGUACAUUUUCCAUCCUGUUUAUCUUCUGUAUCAUAUUGUUGUACUGUUACAGUAUUUAUCGAAGUCAUUGAUCAGGUAACCAUACCACAGGAUUCCCAACACACAGAUAAUAGCACUUACACACCACUCCAUGUCCAGUAGUUUAUAUAGUACUAUAUAUUUGUAAAAUCAAAAUUUUCAUACUGGAUCAGGUUCCAUUUUAAAUUGAUAUUUGCCACAGUUUAUUCCUCGUGUAAUUUAUUAUGCACAUGUACGCAAUAUGUUGGAUAUACAUUGGCCUGCAAAAGUAUUCCUUGAAAUUAAU